UUACAUGGUCAGGUGAUGCUCACGCAUUAUAAUGUUAAAGCAAACUUCGCCAAUGUCGAAGGUGUGCCAUACGUCAUAAGCCAAUCAUAUCAAUUACGUAACGAACGCCAAGGCGUGUUUUUAAGGCUUUGUUAUCACCCGGCAACAAUACGUCACAACAUUGUACAAGCUUUUUUAUUGGCGCAGAGCACAGUAUAUUUUUGUUCACGUAUCACGUCAGCUUUCGUAAUUCUCUCAAAGUUUUCUUGUGACCUACGUAUACAUGAUGUAAUUGUUUCAUCGAAGAACUCUCUGGAACGUCAACGCGGAUUAUUAUUUAAAGUCCACAAUCUUGUAAUAUUACACAAAGCAAAAUUGAAGUUGAAUCUUCAGAGAAUCAUGAAAGACGAAAUUGAUUGUGCUUGCGAGUUCUUAUAUUUGAACAUCCGUUCAUCUCAAGAAGAAGUACUGAUCCGUGAGAGGUUAGACUUAUUCAGAAGAGCAUUACGAAAGUCUUUAGUUGAAAGGUUCUCCGAUCAUUGGUAUCCAGACAAACCGAUGAAAGGAAGCGGUUUUCGAUGUAUAAAUAUUGACAAGGACAGCAAAAUCGUUGAUCCACUUCUAGUAAAGGCUGCUGCAGUGUGCAACAUCUCAAAAGAUGUUUUGCUUUCGACAUUUUGUUCAGGCCUGGCGCUGUGGAUUGAUCCUGGCGAUGUCUGCUACAGAACGGGUAUCAGUUCCAAUGUAAUAUCACUUUAUAAAUCUGCAAAUGUCGAAAGUAUACAAUUACCUCUCCUACACCAACCACAUUUAUUGUCAAGUUUAUCACAUGGACGAUUGCAACCAUCGAACUUAAUCUCGUAUUCGUCAAACUCGAACAAGCCAAUCAACCAUAAUAUAUUACAGCAAUAUGAAAAUUUCACGCGAUAUUACUGGACCAGUGCAAACUAUGUAGUUCCAAAGCAGAUAACUGAAGUUUACUAACAUUCUUUACUUACCCAUGGUCCAAUGACAAUGUACUCAUUCCAAACCUAUUGUGUUUGUAUUUCUCCCAACUUUCGAGCGUGUCAUUCGAUGAUAGUUUCCUAGCUUUAUAUAUUGUGAAAUUUUAUAUUUAGAGCUUUUUGAACUUUUUCAUGUUGUCUGUAUAAAACUCAUUCUCUAUUAAAAGCUACACUAAUGAAUAUUUAAAGAUAGUGUACAGUACAAAAUUUUGCAGAUUUAGCGAAAAUUCUUGUAAAUAGUUCAUUAUAUAUUUUUUUAAUUGAUGUUAAUAAUAGGGUCAGAGGAAAUAUAUUGAAAACAGUGGUGCUAAUGAGUCACUCUUUCAAAAA